AUGUCUUCGGGCUCAGGGGACACGUUUGACUUGAAGAUGAUGAGCCUGGUUCAGAUCUCCUCCAUGCUGCUGUGUUACCUUUGUCUGUCUGAGGGGAAGAUUUCAGAAUAUCAACUGGAGUCUGAGACCCUGAGUCAGUGUGAGUCUCUACGUGGUGGUAGUUCUGUCCGGCAACAAGACCAUGUCCCCCAGUGCUCAGAGGACGGGCGAUUCAGACACAUCCAGUGCAGCGGUGCUGGUGGUGAGUGCUGGUGUGUGAACGCAGAGGGAGCUGAGAUCUCUGGAUCCAGACAGAACGGAUCAGCUGUGUACUGUCUGACGUCCUGCCAGCUCCACAGACAGCAGGCCCUGCUGAGUGGUGAUGCCCCCCUGGUGCCCCAGUGCCAGGCCUCUGGGGAGUACCAGGCGGUGCAGUGUGACAGCGCCCGGGGACAGUGCUGGUGUGUAGACCUGGAAGGCAUGGAGCUCUAUGGGACCCGGCAGAACGGAAAACCCUCUCAGUGCCCAGGCAGCUGUGAGGUGAGGUCGAGGCGUCUCCUCCACGGCGUCGGGGAGCGCUCCCCCCCUCAGUGCUCGGCCGACGGCUCCUUCCUGUCCGUGCAGUGCAAGUUUGUCAACACCACUGACAGGAUGGUCUUGGACCUGCUGCACACGUUCAACAGGUUCCCUAAAGUAUUCCAGACGUUCAGCAGCUUCAGACAGAUGUUCCCAGAGGUGUCCAGUUACUGUUUCUGUGCUGACAGCAGAGGCAGGGAGCUCCCCAGCACAGGUGUGGAGCUGCUGCUAGAUGAGGUGUACGACACCGCCUUCUCAGGUCUGGACUCAGGCCGCUCCUUCUCGCAGACCAACAUGUACCGCAUCCUACAGAGGAGGUUCCUGGCCAUCCAGCUGGCGAUGAGUGGCAGGUUCAGAUGCCCCAGCCCUUGUGAGAGCGAGCGGUCCGCUGGUGCCCAAGCUGGCAAUGUGUUUGUGGCGUCCUGUGCUUCCGACGGGGGUUACGUGCCAACCCAGUGCCAGGCGGGUGGGCAGUGCUGGUGUGUCGACCCCACAGGGAAGGAGAUCUUUGGGACACGACAACAUGGAGGACACCCUGACUGUGGGGCUGGAGUGAAGGACUGUACCUCUGAGCGUCGCCAGGCCCUCUCCAGGCUCCUCUCCAGCCCCUCAGGUCAGGUGCCAUCAGCCAAGAACUCACAGACACAACCAGUCCCAAGCCCCCUGUCUCCAUGCAGCCCCCAACUCCAACAGCUCCUGCUGGGGACUCUUGGAGAGUCCCUUUCCGAGCGAUCCGAUUUAGGAGACAUCCUGGCUGAGACGAUUCAGGGGAUGUUCCCUAGCGGGGCCAUGGCCCUCAAGGCCCUGUCUCUAGCCUCCAACCCCAAGAGACUCCAGGAGAACCUGUUCGGAGGGAAGUUCUUAGGGAACGCUGGGAUGUUUAACUUCACUGGGGCCGUCGGUGUCAGCGGCACGUUGACUUUCAGUCAAGCCAGUCUGACAAACAACCAAGAUCUGGUUCAACUCAUCAGCGCCACCCUGGAAAACGAAGACUUCCUCUCCACCUUACGCCAAACCAUCCUCUUAUCCAAAGCCGAGGACAGCACCCAGCUAGGUGAGCUGUUCAGGGUCUUGUUUGAGGGCGCCCAGUCCGGUGGUGCUGGUUGUGAGAGGGAGCCCUCUGCCCUGUACGUGCCCAGCUGUGAUGACAGAGGCCAGUAUCAGGAGAUCCAGUGCCAAGGCUCGGAGUGUUGGUGUGCUGACCCCCAGGGUCAGGAGGUCACGGGGUCACGCUUCAAUGGUCAAAGGCCAAGGUGUCCGUCACGAUGCGAGAGGGAGCGAGCGGCUGCUCAGAAGGUGAAGUCAGGCCAGGCUGCUGGGGUAGAGGUGUUCAUGCCGAAGUGUGCGGAGGACGGGAGCUACGUGGCGUUGCAGUGUCUGGGAAAGAGUUGCUUCUGUCUGGACCUCCUGGGAGAGAGACACGCCACUGUCCCUGUAGGACAGACUGUUCAGUGUCCCCCCCCCCUGUCUCCCCUUCCCUCCCCAGGGUCAGCUCCAGGCUCCUGUUCCCUGGCGGUGGCUGAGGUGGACCAAUUCCAGGAGGAGGCUGAGCGUCUGGCCCUCCUCUCCAACAGCUCCCACAUCCCCCUGGGCUACAGCUACCUGCUGGCUGAAGGUCUCCGUCUGACCUCUGACGAGCUACUCCACGCCCUCUCCUCCGACCAGACCACGCUGCUCUCUGAUAGGCUGCUGAGCCACUCACACUCUGCUCUACGACUUGCUGCCCACUCCACUCUGCGGUUCUAUUGGCAGAGCCAGCAGGCAGCAUCUGUGGAGGAGAGACAGUCUCUACUGCUGGGCUACCAGCCCUACAGGCCCCAGUGUGAUGCCCACAGACAGUGGCUGCCCACCCAGUGCCACCCCAGCACAGGUCAGUGUUGGUGUGUGGAUGAGGAAGGAGGAUACAUCCCAGCUUCCCUGACCAGUCGCUCCCUCCAGAGACCACAGUGCCAGACCCGGUGUCAGAGAGGUUAUGCUCAGGCUCUGCUCUCUGAUUGGACACAGUCCUCCUACGACCCAACUUGUGAAGUGAGUGGCCAGUUCUCUGUGCUCCAGAAGGGGUCUUCUGGUGGAGGUGGAGCCUGGUGUGUCAGUCCUGUUUCUGGGGAAACCAUCCAGCCUGCUACCCUGAGUCCCAGUGGAGACCCGACAUGUCCGAGCUGGUGUCUGUUGUUGACAGGCAGAGGUCAGUCUGUGGUGGGUUAUGAGCCUGAGUGUCAGCUGGAUGGAAGGCUGUUCUCCCCGCUGCAGUGUGACCAGACAGACUGCUGGUGUGUGUCUCAGACAGAUGGACAGGAGCUGCCUGGAACCAGGACGUCACGUGGCACCGGGAAGACCCCAGCCUGUGACAGUCCCCAGUGUCCCUCUCCGUUCUCUGACAUCCCCGUUACCUACGGUGACGUGGUCUGUCGCUCUGACGUGAUUGGUGGCCAGCAGAACUGUGACCUCAUCUGUCACCUGGGUUACGAAAGCACACUUCCUGUAAACAUGCAGUUACUGUGUGACGUGGAGACCAGAGCCUGGGUGACAGAGGCCCCACUUCCUCAAGCCUGCCAGAGACUUCAGGUGCUGCAGACCGUCCAGACCUCUGUGGUGCUCCAGCUCACCCUGCCUCCAGGCCAGGGACCCUGCAGCUCCUCCCUCCACUCCAGCCUGCAGACCUCUCUACUCCACGACAUGAGGGCCAAGGGUCUUUGCAGCCUGCAGCUGGCGUCCGUCUCUGUGUCAACGUGUGAUGAGUCGUCCGUCUCCGUAGAGUGUGUGAGUGAGGAAAGCGUCAGUGUUCAGGUCAGCUGGAGGGCUCUUCUCUCAGACCUUCCUGUCUCUGUUCUGCCUGACCUGCAUGACGUCGAUGUAGCGCUCAGUGAGGACAGGCUGUUGGAUGGGCUGCUAGGCCUGAUGGGUAGUGACCCCUACCGCUCUCUCUUGACCUCUGAACCCAGAGUCCUCUCUACCUCAGCACCCAACUUUGGCUGUUCCCAUGGCUACCAGCGUGUUGGAACAGGAUGUGUGGUGUGUCCUGCGGGUAUGUUUUCCAGUGGAGGUAUGUGUUCUCCCUGUCCUCAGGGCUCCUACCAAGACCAGGAGGGGUCAGACUUCUGUACCAUGUGUCCUAAAGGCACGUCCACUAACGGAGCUUCCACUGCCACACACUGUUUGACAGAGUGCCAGCGCAGUGGCCUGAGGUGUUCAGAGGGAGGGGACUUCCUGUCGGCCCAGCAGGACAUCCAGACCAGGAGGUGGCGCUGUGUCACAUCCAGCGGAGAACAGCUGGAGUGGACAACCACUGGCCAGCCUCUGUCUGAGGGAGAAUGUUCAGUUCUGGAGAGGUUUGAGACAGUUCCCAGAUCAGCGUUUUCUCUUGCAGCAGAAGACCAUGUGGUCCUCAGCUCAGAGACGUCAGACACGACCAUGGAGAAACAACUCAGGACGUGUGUGUCAGCUUGUGCCCAGGUCCAGACUUGUCUUUACGUCGUCCUUUACGCUGAAGAGGGACAAAGUCACUGUGAACUCUACAGCACCGACGCUGCUAACAUCCGAUGCCAAACCUCUGAGCAAACCAAAGGGUUCCUGGGAAAUGCAGGUGCUGAUAUGUUCCAGAACCUGAGCUGUUCUCUGAAGGUGAACGGGGCUGACAGACAGAACGUCACGGUCAUCAGGAAGAAAGGUCAUGAGUUCACCACUAAGGCCCAGAAGACCUUUGAAAGGUUGAGUUUCCGUAAGGCCAGUUCCGGUGUUUACCGUACCGUGGUGUUUGCAGCUGAAGGAACCACUCUGACCGACGUCCAUCGUUUCUGUCAGGACGAGUGUUCCCAGAACACCUGCUGUGACGGCUUCAUCCUCAACCAGAACGUUCUCAGCGGAGGUACCAUUAUGUGUGGUCUGCUGAGCUACCCAGACAUGUUGCUAUGCAGUGAGGCAGACUGGGACGUGUCUGGCCUGGCCCAGGCAAACAGGAUCUGUGGGGCUGGAGUCACCUACAAUAAACUGAAGAAACAGUUCAUCUUUAACUUUGGAGGACAAGACUUCACCAUCACGGAUACAGCUCUGCCAACAUCAAGCAAGAACAAAACUGACUACCAGGCCACCAUUAUUGGGUUCCAAGGCAUUUACCUCUGGAAAGAGUCUGACAUGACCACUCGUCCCAAGACCUCCCCAGCCUGUAGCAGUGUCCUCCCACAACAAGCCCCCGGAGUGGUUCUGUCGGAUGCAGUGAAGGAGAUGUUUGUGGCCCUGGGCAGCAGUGCUGUUGUUGUGGACUCUGAACGGGACAUCCCCAGUCUGCAGUACUGGAUCUUUAAACACCAGUUCUCUGCACAGGAGGCUCAGCUGUGGUGUCUGAAACGCUGUGAGGAGGAGGAGCUGUGCCACUUGGCUGAUGUGAGAGAUGAGAGCUCAGUGUACUUUACCUGCGCCCUGUACCCAGACACCCAGGUGUGUGGGGCCUACGACAAACCCCUGAGACAGGCCUGCAGCCCUGUGCUCCCCCAGCAACCCCACACAGCUCACACCAAGAAGGUUGAUCUGACUGGAAGUGUGGAGAGUUUUUACAGCCGUGUUCCCUUUAAGAAGAUGGUGUCUUAUUCCGUCCGUAGCCGCGUCAACCUGAGUGCCAAGCCUAUCACUGAGGGGUUCCGUGAGUGUGAACGGAGAUGUGAUGAAGACCCGUGUUGCCGUGGAAUCGGAUACGUCAGGGACACACAGUCACCUGGAUCAGACGUUCUCUGCCUGACUCUGAACAGCUUUGGUAUCCAGACGUGUGGUGAAGGAGAACGGACAACCUGGAGAGUCCAGGACUGCACCCCCUCCAAAGUAGAAUCCGGAGUGUAUCCGCUUGGCUGGUACGAGAAACCAGUGAACCAGUGGACUACAUCACCACGCUUGUGCCCCAGUUUCCAACUACGUGUUCCUUCAGAGAAUGUGAGUUUGAGUGAGUGGAAACUCCUGGAUGUGUCCUCUACUCUGGUGGAUCCGUCCGUCUCCACGUUUGACAUUAUUCACAUCAGUAAAGACAUCGCUGAGGACCUGGACAGGACCAGAGACUGGUGUCUGUCUGCCUGUGAGGAGGCUGAGUCCUGUGUUGUGGUGUCAGUGGGGCGGACCGACUCGGCUGUCCGCUGUGUCCUCUACCCAGACACCCUGGCCUGUGGCCCCGCCUCUACCACCCCCGGAGGUCAGGACUGUCGGCUGGUCAUCAGAGAGUCAGCUCUCCAGGUCUACCUCCACAAAGAACCCAAGGCGGCGUUGACGUCAGUGUUUAUCCCGGCUCACGGAACGCUCCAGGGAGAGGCCGUGACAACGCUGCUCGGGUCAGACAGGAAGACAGUCAGACAGUUCUUGGGAGUUCCGUACGCUCGUCCUCCUAUCAGAGCCCUCCGUUUCGUCCCCCCACAGCCUGCUGAUUGGAGUGGGACAUGGAAUGCCACGAUUACCAGACCCAGUUGUCUGCAGCCUGGAGCUGUGGAGUCAUCAGCCAGCAGUGAGGACUGUCUGUAUCUCAACAUCUUCGUCCCCAGCGGCAUCGUAAGGAGUGCAGCGGUCCUGGUGUUCUUCCAUAACCCGUCUGGAGCAGCCAGCGAUGACACAGCAUCUCUACUGGACGGCUCCUACCUGGCUGCCGUCGGCAACAUCGUCGUGGUUACCGUCAACACCAGGGUUGCAGCGUUCGGAUUCCUCAGCACAGGCUCCACAGCCCUGCCAGGUAACGCCGGCUUCCAGGACCAGGUCGCCGCUCUGAAGUGGGUCCAGGAGAACAUGGAGGCGUUCGGAGGUGACCCCAGGCUGGUGACGGUGGGGGCAGAGCGGAGUGGAGCCGACGUGGCCAGCCUACAUCUGACCUCCCCCUCCUCGCGUGGUCUCUUCGACAGGAUGCUGCUCAUGGGUGGUUCCGUGUUCUCCCCUGCCUCAGUGCUGAGUGUAUCUAAAGCCCAGGGGCAGGCUGAGGCUCUGGCCCGGGAGCUGGGCUGUUCCUUCUCCUCUGACCCGGAACAGCUGGGCUCCUGCCUGAGAGCAGCUCCAGCACAGGACCUCAACGCUGCCCAGACCAAGCUGCUGUCAGUCAGCGGGCCCCUGCAGGCUUGGGGUCCAGUGGUGGAUGGGGUCUCUGUCCAGGGGAAACCCUCCAUGGCCCUGAUGAAUGCAGGCUUCCACAGAGCUGACCUCCUGCUGGGCUCCUCCGCAGAGGAUGGACUCAUCAGCAGGGCCAAGAGGAUCAAGAACUUUGAGGAGCUCCAGGGGCGAGCUGACAGUAAAACAGCAUUCUACGAAGCCCUGUCCAACUCUCUGGGUGGAGACGAAGCCAAUGCGUUUGUCAAGGCUGCAGCUAUCUGGUUCUACUCCAUGCAGCACUCUCCCUCUCCAGCUGGCUACAAUCUCUUCUCUCAGGCUCUUAACAGUGCAACCAGAGAUCUCUUCAUUGUGUGUCCCACCAUAAAGAUGGCCAACUUCUGGGCAGCUAACACCAGAUCCAAUGUGUUCAUGUACCACCUGCCUGAGGACACCGCCCAGACCAGUGCUGACCUGUCAGUACCCCUGGAUGUCCACUAUGCCUUUGGCCUCCCCCACAGCCCCCUGACCUACGACCUGUUCACCAACACAGAGAGACGCCUCUCCCUACAGAUGAUGACCUACAUGGCCAACUUCAUCAAGUCCGGAAAUCCCAACCAGGCUCACAGUGUGUCCCGCGUGGCCUUCAGCGAGGCGGCGCUGCCCCUCUGGCAUGCCUUCCAGUCUCACCCUGAGGGGGACAGCUAUAUGGAGGUGGAGCCAGGCCUCAGCAACCACAGGGGCCUCCGCAGGGCCCAGUGCUCCUUCUGGGCCAACUAUGUCCCCUCUCUGACCGCCUCCACUGGCAAACUUUCAUCUGCUGUGUUGGACGGGGAAUCUGCUGGUUUGGGGGCUGGAACUCCAACACCAGAAACCAAGUUUUUUGUUGAUUUCUUGACAACUGUCACCCAGAGCAAACCCAAGUCAGAGAAGGAUGCUUAUAAUUAGAAAGAACAUCCACACAACGUAUCGUCUAAUCUACAUUUAGGGUUUAGCACUCACACACAGUGAGAAAUGACAUGUUGUUUCAGCUGCCAAAGGAGUCGGUAAAUGAAGUGGUGUCAUUUAACUGCCUGUUAGUUUCCAUACAAAUGAAAUAAAACA